UGCAGUCGUUAUCUCGCUCCAUGGCUUUGUCCAUCAACUAUCGUUCCCGGCUCAGCUUUUGGUCACAUCUGACUCACAAAGGCGUUUAUUCGUUUCCCAACCAUAGGAACCCCUUUGCCACCAAAUUCAUAUAUAGGCCUGCAGCAAAGGACUAGAAUUAUCUUGACGACAACAGGACCCCAUAUAACAUCCACCGAUACCGAUAUCUACACUUGCAUCAGCGCAGCCAUUACAAAUCAUCUGUUGUAGCAGAACGAACAGGAUCAACUUUAUUAUCAACUUGAAAAAAAAAGAGCGGAUCUGCGCACAAAUACGGACACUAGCCCAGCUACAACUUUUUUUUGGUUCGCCAGAUUUCUCACGACAUCGCAUCAUUCCUCAACCCAAAUAACGCUCGACUGUACACUCAGCUCACAAUACAAACAUACACAACACAAAAAAGUAUGGCUGACCACUCGUUGAGCCGGAUAUCCGUCGCGGUGUCGCCAAUUGUACCCCCACAAUCACCUACUGCAUCAUUAUCAGCAGUACAACAGGUCACUGCAGCAGAUGUUUCAAAUAGCGCAGGGCCCACCCAACCUUCUCCAGCGCAACGCAUGAUCUCCGCCUGUGCUGGCUCCCUAUUGACAUCUCUCCUUGUUACGCCGCUGGAUGUGGUCAAGACAAGGCUCCAAUCACAAACAGUCGUGGCUACACCAACGUGUGCCGUGCCAUUCACUUAUACCAGCAACGCGUCUGCAUACGAGAAGCUGUGCACCUGCUGUCGCGAAGUCUUCUUUGCGCCCGAACCUCGACGAACAGCCACAGCAGCGAUCCGACAGAACAUCGCCAACAUACUUUCAGGAGCGAUCUCAAAGGACAGACCAUCACAACCCCCGCCACCAUUCUAUCGCCACAGUAAUACACCACAUGAUCCCCACAGCCAUCAUAACCACCGCCAUAUCCGAGGCAAGGAUGCAGGAUGUGGGCCGAGCAUCCUUCAGCAGCACCAGGAGGGUACGGUUGUGGGGAUGAAGGCUACGCCAGCACAGCAACGACGACUGGAGCAGUUGGCGGCAAAUUGUAUAGAGAACAACCAUGCGAGCAAGGCGGGGCAAGAACGGCGCUUUCAUGGAACGUGGGAUGGAAUGAAGAAGAUUGUACGGUACGAGGGUGCGACUUCGUUAUGGAGGGGGCUUUCUCCGACAGUGGCAAUGUCGAUCCCGGCGACGGUAAUUUAUUUUGUGGGGUAUGAUUAUCUGAAGGAUGUGUUGUCAGAAACGGCGAGGAAGGCGUCACCGGGCUCGUUGUUGGGGCAGACGCUUGUUUUCGAGUACGGCGGUUCGCUUGCACCACUGGUCGCUGGAGCAUUUGCACGGACUGUAGCAGCGACGGUGAUUUCGCCACUGGAGCUAUUCAGGACAAGGAUGCAGAGCGUCCACACGGAUACAAAGGGGAACUCGGGCUUAUUCAGGGGCGUAUCGCAAGGAAUUGUGGCGAUGGUGCGAUCAGAAGGCGUACUUUCACUAUGGCGAGGGCUGGCACCAACUCUCUGGCGUGAUGUUCCCUUCAGUGCGCUAUACUGGAUGGGCUACGAGAAUAUCAAGAAGCGCCUGGUAGUAUGGAGUAACAAUCAUUCCCAAGUACCAUUGAAUGAAUUCGAGAUUGCAUUCUCCAGUGGUGCUCUCUCUGGCAUGAUCGCAGCAACGUUGACAACGCCAUUCGAUGUGGCCAAGACCCGCCGCCAGGUGGAUUUGAUGCAGCCUGUUCACACAAAGAUAGGGUCACUGAUGCGGGCAAUCGUACAGGAAGAAGGCUACCGUGGACUCUGGCGCGGUCUGACGGCUCGGGUGGCCAAGGUCGCACCAAGCUGUGCGAUUAUGAUCUCAAGCUAUGAGAUCGGAAAGAAGGCCCUUUCGGAGCAAUGGUGGGGACUCGGAUCGUCGUCUGAUGGAAAAAAUGGGAGUAGUGGGAGCAGUGGGAACGCGAAGGUCGUAGGAAGCGGGGGUGCGACAGGAGCGGAUGAUCGGUUAGUGUUGAUGCGUGUUGCUGCUACUGCUGCAGGCGUCAGUGCCGCUGCUGCUUCAUAAAGAACGAUAUUAAGAGGCUCGUCUAGUAUUUGACCAUGA